AUGCUUCGAGAGGAUUUAUCAACCACAUCAUCAUUUGAAUACGGGUCAGACACUUUGGCCGGUACCACUUUACAGAACCCCGAUGAAUCGAAAGCUCCCCCGACAACCGUAUCAGAAAAUAAACCUCGUAAAAGACCUCGCGAGGAAGAUACCUCUGACAAGAACGAGAAAAGCUAA